AUGCAGACAAUGGAAGGAAGACAGUAUUACCAAAAUGUGGAAGGAAACAACCAGAGCUCCUCCUCCAUGGUGGUGCCUCACUCCCCGUGGCACUCUCCGGUUCCUUAUCUGUUCGGUGGUUUGGCCGCCAUGUUGGCUCUCAUCGCCUUUGCUCUUCUCAUCCUCGCUUGUUCCUACUUGAAACUAUCUGGCUCUGCUCGGAGAGAUCUCGAGGCCGGAGAUGAUGCCAAACCCGACGGUGACACUCACAAGGAUAAGCUCUCGGUGAUGCCGGAGAAGUUUCUCGUCAUCAUGGCUGGUGAUGUCGCACCUACGUACCUGGCUACGCCGGCGAAUCGGUCUGACCAAAGCUGUACCUGCGGCGAUCAUAAGGAAGAAGAAGAAGGAAGAGGAGAGUAG